AGAGAGAGAGAGAGAGAGAGAGAGAGAGAGUGAGCGAGCGUUCUCUCCCGGUGCACUUGGCAGUUAGUUGCGGGCUGCUGUGCUGUUGCUGUGGUGGCGGUGUGGCUGGUCUCGGGGAACUUUAGCACACUGGAGCCCGAAGUCCCACUCUCUCACCUGCGCAGUUUGGAGCUGCCAUGGGUCUCGCGCCUGGAUUUACAAUCUUAAUCAUUCUGCCGGCCUUUCUUCACACGAGCGGCCUGUAUAUCGCCAGUAGCGUAGACUCCCUGCAGCAUGUCCUGGGGGAGUAUGGACUGGUGAGGCCCGUGAGCGUGGACGCAGACGGCCGGUUCUUGACCCACGCUGUGUCAGCCGGCCUGGUGGGGGCGGGGCAGUCCCGUAGGCGCUGGAGGAGAGAGGCUGGAGAGAACAAGGGAGAAGGAGAAAGAGGUGAAGAAAGAGAGGGAAUGUACGAGGAGAAGGACGGAGGGCCCCUACACAGACAGCUUUACUACAAUGUCACUGUCUUCGGCCGGGAGUUCCACCUGCGUCUGCGGCACAACGCGCGACUGGUGGCACCCGGAGCCAAGAUGGAGUGGCACAACGAUGACGACAGCAACGGGACAGCCACGCGCUCCGAGCCCCUGCAGAGAGACUGUUUCUACGUGGGUGAUGUCACAGACACGCCCGGAGCCACCGUAGCCAUCAGCAACUGCGACGGCCUGGCUGGUAUGAUCAGGACGGAAGAGGAGGAGUUCUUCAUCGAGCCGGUGGAGAGGGGGGAUGGAGUGAUGGGGGAGGAGGAGGGAGGAGGAGGGCGUCAACACAUCGUCUACCGUUCCUCCUCCCUGAAGAAAAUGUCCGUCAGCGGCCCCGCUGCAGGCUACCACUCUAGAGGUGCUGAACUGCCUGGUCUGAUAGACCUGGAGUCGCUGUAUCGUGGUGUGGAGCAGAGUAUCAACCACACCCAGGCCCAGAGACAGAGGAGACAGAGUCCAGAGAGAGCCUACAACAUUGAGGUCCUACUGGGGGUGGAUGACUCCGUGGUCCAGUUCCACGGCAAGGAACACGUCCAGAAGUACCUGCUCACGCUCAUGAACAUCGUGAAUGAGAUUUACCAUGACCCCUCUCUGGGAGCCAGGAUCAACGUGGUGCUAGUACGAAUCAUCAUGCUAGGCUAUGGGAAGUCUAUGAGUCUGAUAGAGUUGGGGAACCCGUCUCAGAGUCUGGAGAAUGUGUGUCGCUGGGCCUUCCUGCAGCAGAAACAGGACACAGGAGAUGCAGAGUACCAUGACCACGCUAUCUUCCUCACACGACAGGAGUUCGGGCCUACCGGCAUGCAGGGUUAUGCUCCAGUAACAGGGAUGUGUCACCCAGUGAGGAGCUGUACUCUGAACCAUGAGGAUGGCUUCUCUUCUGCCUUUGUGGUAGCACAUGAGACGGGACAUGUGCUGGGUAUGGAACACGACGGCCAGGGGAAUCGCUGUGGAGACGAGGUGCACAUGGGGAGCAUCAUGGCCCCGUUGGUGCAAGCUGCCUUCCACCGCUUCCACUGGUCCCGCUGUAGCCAGCAGGAGCUAGGACGAUACCUACAAUCCUACGACUGUCUCCGUGACGACCCCUACGAACAUAACUGGCCGUCCCUGCCCAGACUUCCUGGUCUGCACUACUCCAUGAACGAACAGUGUCGCUUCGACUUCGGCGUGGGCUACAUGAUGUGUACCGCGCUGCAAAAGGUGGGCCAGGCUGGAACACAGUACCGGACGUUUGACCCCUGCAAACAGCUGUGGUGCAGCCACCCUGACAACCCCUUUUUCUGCAAGACCAAGAAAGGACCGCCCAUCGACGGAACCAUGUGUGGGGACGGGAAGCACUGCUUCAAAGGUCACUGUAUCUGGCUGACCAAUGACAUGAUAAAGCAGGAUGGUGGGUGGGGCAUGUGGAGCCAGUUUGGGUCCUGCACUCGUACCUGUGGAGGAGGGGUGCAGUUCAGAACCCGCGAAUGUGACAACCCCAGGCCUGCUAAUGGAGGUCGUACCUGUCUGGGUGCUAACUACCAAUUUCAGCUAUGUAACAGCCAGGAGUGUGAGGAGCUAUACAGUGACUUCAGGGAGGAGCAGUGCCGUAGCUUGGACCCCGAGUACGAGUUCCACAACAACAAGCACCACUGGCUGCCUUAUGAACACAGUGAACCUAAGCAGCGCUGCCAGCUCCAUUGCCAGUCCAAGGAGACCAGAGACAAGAUCAACAUGCAGAGGCUGGUCCAAGACGGCACGCUCUGCUCAUAUAAAGACUCCUACAGCGUGUGUGUGCGCGGGGACUGUGAGAAAGUGGGCUGUGACAGCGUGGUAGGGUCCUCCCAACAGGAGGAUAAGUGUGGUGUCUGUGGAGGAGACAACUCCAGCUGCAAGAUAAUCAAGGGCAACUUCACACGCAGUGCCAAGAAACAAGGUUUCCUCAAAGUACUUGAAAUCCCUCGAGGGGCUAGACACCUACUGAUCCAGGAGAUUAAGCCAACCGCCCACAUUUUAGCGGUGAAGAACCAGGCUUCAGGACAGUUUUUCCUGAACGCUGAGGGAGACCUCCCAGAAUCCCGUGCGGUCAUAGAAAAGGGCGUGGAGUGGGAGUAUGUGAAUAAUGACCACGACAAGGAGACAUUACAGACCAAUGGACCGCUCAGACACGGGGUCCUAAUCAUGGUGCAGUCCCAUGGAGAUGCCAAGGUGACCCUGUCCUAUAAGUACAUCAUUCAUAUGGACCUUCUGUCUGCUAUAGAGAACAACAUGCUGCUGGAUGACACCUCCUUUUAUGAGUGGGCCCUGAAGAAAUGGUCCUAUUGCUCCAAGCCCUGUGGGGGAGGUAAGCAGUAUACCCGGUACGGCUGUAGAAGGAGAGCAGACAGUAAGAUGGUCCACCGGCGCUACUGUGAGAACAUCAAGAAGCCUCGCGCCAUCAGCAGAGACUGCAACCAGAAGGAGUGCUCCCAGCCCAUCUGGGAGGAUGGUCCGUGGGAGCCGUGCAGUAAGACAUGUGGUAAAACAGGGUACCAGAUGAGGUCUGUUCACUGUGUCCAGUCCUUAGACAACGGCAACAAGCGCUCCAUCCACAGCAAGUACUGCAACAACGACCGGCCUGAGGCACGCAGACCCUGCAACAGAGAGCUCUGCCCCGCACAGUGGAGAGUAGGGUCCUGGUCACAGUGCUCCGUGACGUGUGCAAAUGGGACACAGCAGAGGCAGGCGUUGUGUCACACGCGUGACAACACCAUCGGUCUGUGUCUAGACAGCAAGCCAGACACCAUACGCAUCUGUAGCCUGGCGCCCUGUCCCAGAGGCUCGUCAGACCUGAAUAAGAAUGGCAACAUCCUGAUCCAGUGGCUGUCCCGUCCAGACCCAGACUUGCCCUACCAGAGGAACAGCUCACGCAAGCAGCGUUGUCAUGGAGACAGGUCAGUGUUCUGUCGCAUGGAGGUGCUGAUCCACUACUGCACUCUGCCUGGCUACAAGCGCAUGUGCUGCAAAUCCUGCAGCAACGUGACGGACAGCAGCCUGAGCACCACCGCCCCUCCCCGGGUCACAGCUGUCCCCCUGCCUCGCCCCCGGCCUCUGCCUCAACCCAAGGACAACAACACCCCCUUUCAGCCCACGGUUCAUCCAAGAAGUAUAACACAUAUACCUUAUACCACGCCACGCCCAAUGAGCACCACAGACACUUAUACAGCACCCCACCCAUACUACACCACAUACCCCAUCCCCAUGACCCCAGAGCACAGUGUGACCCCCAGAGACACAACCAGGAAGUACCCCUCAUUCACCCUCUCCACCAGAACCAGCACAUACACUACAACUCCCAGUAGCCCUUUCACUGACGUCACCUUUGUCAGCAACGACACCACAGGUGCAUCAACCACAACUCCCAGCAGCCUAUUCUCCAUGGAUGAUGUCAUAAAGCCAACUGAAACCAACUACUUUGAGGAUGUCACAUCGCCCAGUGGAACCAUACCAUACACUGAUGUCACAAUGCCCAGUGGUGAUGAUGUCACAAUCCCUAGUGGAACCAUGCCCUAUGGCAAUGAUGUCACAAUGCACAGCAGAACCACGCCCUAUGGUGAUAUCACAAUGCCCAGUGGAACCAUGCCUUAUGAAGAUGACGUCACAAUGAUGACAGUGAUGAUUCCUACCGUCCCCAGCGAUGACAUCAUAGAUAUGACCACCCCUGAUUUGUCGGAUUUCACAGAGUACAUAUCUGUGAGGGCCACUGUUCCCACAACAGAGCAAACGACAGCCCCGCCUCCCACAACAACCAUCGCCACGAUGACAACAACAACAACCAAAAAACCCACGUGGCCGCCAAGCCGCCAGGAGGACACCAGCGAGAACAACUCCAUCGACGAUCCCUACAACCGGAUCAUCGGAGUGGACAAUGACAUCUCCCAAAACAACCUGAUCCCCAGACGAAGCCGUGUGUUCCUCAUGGAGAGAACACGGAACAAACGCAUCCAGGAACUCCUGGAGGAGAAGAGGAACUUUCUGUUGAGGAUGAAGCGGGCCCACAGGGGCGCUGCGUGAUGACCUCAAACCUUAACCUUUGACCCUUACCCUCCCUGAUUUCUCUUAUAGAGAUUUACCUAUGUCUGCUAACAGACUGGAGUUAUUGUUUAACCCUCAACCUGCCUUGGUGCUCUCUGUCAGGCAAUUACCCACCACACAUCCAGAGCCACGGUACAGACAUACAUACCGCCCUGUUCUGUUACACACACACACCAGCCAGCCACACGGCAAACUGAACUAUGUGGAGAGAGAACCAAAGCCAGAUGUUUGCACAGUUGUUUUGAAUAAAAGCGGUUGGUCUUGUUGUAAGGCUGAGAGUAGAGCCAGAUGUGCUGUGGACCGUACAUCCUCUUGAACCUGCACCAUAACAAGGGAAACUUUUAUCUCUCCAAACCUCCCCCAGUGUGCUUAGGUUUUCAGAGCAAGGCACAUACAGUAAAUAUGUAUUUAUCUUUAAUAAGCAGCACACACCUGGAUAAGCUCAGGGCGUGAAACGUUGGACCUUCAGGCCAUUAAAGUCGACAAAGCUCGAAGUAGAUUUUAUUUAAAUGAAGUCUUAUUCCCCAGCACCAUGCCAGAACCCAGGUAAGCUUGCUCAUCCCAAACAAGUCUAACAUACCAUGUUAGAUUACAGCCUAUGACUGCAGUUGAUAUGCCCCCUCUUUAAGUCAAACAGACAUAAAUACCAGUCUGAUCCCAUUUAAUGAGACAUGUUAGAUAGGAAGUGUCCAUAUGUGUCUUUUUCUAGGGGUAUGUCCCUAUGGCCCCUGGUCCAAAGUAAUGUGCUUUAAAGGCAAUAGACUAGGGUUGAAUGGCGGGAACCCGGUUACCAAGAUUUACCGGGAUUUACUGCCCCAAACCACUCGCUUUUCUCAGGAUAAAUAACUGCAAGAAACAGGUCAAUCAUAAUAAAUUAUUUAUAUAAACAGCAUGGCGUGAAAUGGAACUGCUAAAUGAUAUGCAAUGUCUAAAUCUGGCUUCUCUACGAAAUGGAACUGUUAAAUUAUAUGUGAUGUCUAAAUCUGGCUUCUCUACGAAAUGAAACUUACAUUAAUUGCAAUGUCUAAAUCUGGCUUCUCUACGGC